AUGCGGCUUAUCAACACCAGCACGCUUGAGCUUCAAGAGUUCUUCGAAGAAGAUGUCAAGCCAUACGCGAUACUGAGUCACCGUUGGACGAAAGAUGAAUUCACAUGCAAGGACUUUAUCAAAGGCCGCAGGAAACAAAGCCAAGGACAUCACAAAGUAGUCGAAUUCUGCAGUUUUGCGCGCGGUCGUGGUCAUGCCUGGGCCUGGGUGGACACAGUUUGCAUCGACAAGCGCAGUAGUGCAGAGCUCUCCGAAGCCAUCAAUUCGAUGUUCGCAUGGUACGCGAACGCCGAUGAAUGCUACGCGUACCUGGCCGAUGUGAGCGCAUCAGCCGUGAACGGCGACCAGGACAAGCUCAUGAAAGCUCUGGUCGAUUCCGAAUGGUUUGACAGAGGCUGGACUCUGCAGGAACUCCUCGCUCCGAGACAGCUCAUCUUCGUCACCAGAGGUUGGAAGAUUCUUGGACGCAAGCGCAGACCUGGACCCAAGGAAAGCCAAGGUCCGCUCACUCAGGCAUAUCUUCACGCCGAGGACAUCCAGUGGGAAGUCAGUCGGAAGACUGGUAUACCAGCUGAAGUGCUUCGCGAUCCCAGUAUGAUCACAACAUUUUCUGUCGCUCAGAGAAUGAGCUGGGCCGCUGGUAGACGAUCCACUAGAACGGAAGACAAUGCGUACUGCAUGCUCGGUCUCUUCGGCGUCAACAUGUCGCUUCUAUACGGAGAAGGCAAGCGCGCAUUUACCAGACUCUAA